AUGCUCGUCCUUGGUGGUGCUGCACGUGUCCGGGGCCCUUGCUACGAGGAGCUCGCUCAGACUUCCUGGCUGCAGCUUGUCUUGCUGCAGCCCGUGGAGGAGUGCCUGCGAACAUCGCUACCGUGCGGCGUGAUGUCCGCCUUGUCCGCCCUCAGCGCUUUCAGUGCCCCUCAACUGAUACUUUGUGGACACAGUUUCGGCGCUGCAGUGGGGCGGAGUGUCGCAGCGCACCUGGCUGCUUGCGGCCUAGCUGUCGGUGGCCUCGUGGCAAUGGACGACCGUGCCGUCGAGCUUCUCAGCUGGGCAGAGCCCUCUCAGAGCCCCUCUGUGCCCCGUGGCCUCCUUGGAAGCCUCUCGCCAAACAAGCACCGCCUGGACUUGGGCCACGUGUCCUUGGCAUUGGCCUAUGUGGCACCCGCAGUGCCGCGCGCCAACCUUGCGGCGCGCUUCCUACGAAACGAGCGCCUGGCGGCCUGGUGGUCGCUGACCUUUCAGUGCCGCCCUCUCCACCUCGCAGACACCGACCACUUUACUUUGGCUGCAUCCCACGCCUGGGACCUUACAAGCCGCUGA